AAUUAAUUACAGUUAAUUGCAGUCUGCAGUAUUAUACUUUAAUAUAAUUAUAUAAAGCUGUAGUCGCCUAUAGAGAUAUACCUUAGAUAUGUAGAAUGUAGAUAUAUAAUUAUAUACAUAAGUAGGUAGUAGGUACCGACGUAUUGUUAUAGAGAUAUCGGUGACACCAAAAAUCUUCACUGUGGCUUAGAUGUAUUACAGACAUACAGUAUAAGUUAUAAUACAAACAUUUCAGUUUACAAAUAAAUUAAAGAAAAUGAACAAUUCCAACAUAGACAAGGUACGUCUCAGCUACAAUAUCGUGCCAAUGUCUUUCAAUGAUGUCAAUGAUAGACAAAAAGUUAUCGAAUUUAUAAAAAAAUUUUUCUUUCAACAAGAACCAUUAAUAAGGUGUAUACAGUUAUUUAAAGACGUCGAAUCAGUGGAAAAACUUCAAAAUCAUCUUUUUAAAACGUUGGACAAUGGUUUAACUUUCAAAGCCGUGUCUUCGAACGGAGAUUUGAUUGGUGUUAUUACCAACGAAAUAAUUGAUCGGAAUAACGAAACACGAAGUAAUUGUACAAGUAACAACGAAGACCAAGAGGGAAGUUUAAAGUUCAAUGAGUUCAUGAAACUUUUUCAAAAAAUCGAACAAGAAUCAAAUAUGUUUGAAAGGUACACAGAUGUAAAUCGGGUAAUGGAUAUUAAGGCGGUCGCUGUGAAUGAAAAAUUUAGAGGUCAAGGAGUUUGCAAAGCACUUUUUUAUAAAUGCAAGGAGUUGGCAUUAGAAAACAAAUGUUCAAUGGUUCGCGUAGACUGUAGUAGUUAUUUUUCUGCUAGUGCAGCAGAGAAACUAGGAUUUCAAUGCAUCUAUUCCUUGAAUUACGAAGAAUAUAAGAAUGAAAAAGAUGAAGUGAUAUUUAAUUCUUUACCCCCUCACAAACAAUUUAAAGUUUAUGUAAUUUCUAUUGAAAAAUUCUUUUACGCAGAUUAAUUAAAAAUUAUUAUGAUAUAUAUAAAUAAAUAAUUAAUUAUAUAA